AUGCCUUCAUUCAACUUGGUCUUUACUUUUGGAUUGUGUAUUCCAGACCUCGAAGAAGCAGAUGACAUGGAGUUACUCAAACGAAAUGAAUCAUCAAUUACUCUAGCCUGGGAACCCUCCAGCUCAGGCACAGCCUACCAACUCACCGUCACCUCACCUUACGGGGGUCGAUACUCAGUUCGCAUACCGGACAUCAAGACGCGUAACUACACAGUUAACUUCCUGGAGCCUUGUGUCACUUAUGAAUUCCAUCUACAGACGUGGCACAAUGAGAAGAUCAGCUAUGGAGCCAAGCAGAAGCAUCUUACCUUGCCUCCCCGAGUGGCUCAUGUUGAGGUGAAACGCCCAGUUGUUGGCAAAAUGGUGCCGGUCAAAUGGACUGCUGCAUAUCCUCAGCCUUCAGGUGAAUGCGAAUGGAACUAUCUUGUUCAAUUCAGCGAACGAAACGGUGAAAAUCCCGGCAUCAUCACCAGAGUGGACGCAGAAAAAUGGUGUAUGUAA